GAACGUGACAGUAAAACACCAAUUUCAUGUUCCUCUUUGGUUAUUACUAAUUAACUGGAACAGACACUUCAUAUCUAGGAAUUGUUUAUGAAAUUGUUACUAAUUUCACUGUUUGCGUGUUAGAUUUAAUACUAAAUGAACUAAAUACUUCAUUUAAAUAUUAAAACAUAUCCAAGUUCAAGAGGCAUUGCGUUAAGUAAAGCGGUUAGAGAGUCUCAAGUGAAGAGAUACUUAAAAUGUGAGAAAUUUUGUAGGACACAAAAGUUGAUUAGAGAAUAUCACAUGACCACAAAACAGCGAGGAAGAUCAUAAUAUCAUAGGACAAGAGUUUUUUAACAUGUAAAUAAAACUUGGAAUAAUUGGUUUGAUUUUUUUUAAAUUUGGACCAAAAAAGAGUAACCAUGGCAACAGCAAAGCAGAAGAUUAAAGAAAUGAAGGAAAUUCUUAUCUUGUAUGAAGAAAAAGAUUCGAAGGCAUGGACUGAAUUCAUACAGGGCUGCUUCACGGAAUGCCCGCAAAAUCUUUCCAUUGAGGUUCGAGACUUGAAGACAGAUAUCCAAGAAGUAGAGACGUUAGCAACCUGCUUUUCAAUGGUGUUGGUGAUCGUUUCAAAUGAAAUGUUAAAUACAAUGGAAUUGCAGGCGAACAUCUUAAGUCCAUGCCUGCAAAAACAUCAGUGCGUAUCUGUGAUAAAGUUAUAUUUACAAGAAGCUAAAUAUAGUACAAAAAUAAAGCAGUGUUACAAAACUUGUAAGAACUGGAAAGAGUUUAGUAUCGGAGCAGAGGACGGUGAGGAACAUGUUCAAAAACUCAUCUCACAGAUAAUCAAUGAGCUAGAAAAGGUAGCAGUUCAAGAGAAAGUGGCAGCCCCUCAAACUACACCCAGGAAAAGCCGAAUACAAUAUAUUUGUCCUGAAACUGUUAGACAGGGAGGUGAAAUGAUGACAUUAGUAUUAAGAAAACAGAUACAUGAAGGCCAGUGUGUUCAAGUCAGUGUUGGAGACAAUGAGACUUUGAUAGAUACCAAAACACUCAAUCCAUUUUGUUUCACCUUCAAAGCUCCAGCUCACAAGGCAGGAAGAGCAGUCGUUCGAUUAUUCAUUGAUGGAAAGAAGGUCGCAAAAAUGUCAGUUCAUUACUCUUCAAUGACAAGAUUUGCUUACACAUGUCCAGAAUAUUUAUGUCAACUGCUUGGAUUGAAUCCAGAUGACAAAACGGGUCUUGAUAAAGAGUUAACGAACAUUUUCAAUAAUAGUGCCCCGCAAGAUGGAUCACUGCAGUUGCUACUUUCACCAAAGAAUUUACAGGCUACCUCAUCUGGUGGUACAGAAGGUUGUGGAGAGUUACCUACAUUGUUACAUUUUGCUUGCAAGUAUGGUUUGAAUGACCUGGCUGUCAGUGUAAUGCACACACCAGGAUCUCAUAUGGCUGUAAGCAUGGACAAUGAACAAGGUUUAAGCCCUCUUGACCUUGCCAGGGAGACCAAAAAUGAGGAAUUGGUCAACUAUUUGGAAUGUUUUGUGGAAAUGCAUGAUUAUGUAACAGAUAUUGAAGACCUAUAUGAGAGGAUGAGUGGUGGCAGCAAGUUGGAACCAUACAUGAAUACUGACACAGUAAAAGGGGGUAUGAAGAACAGGUACCUUGAAAUGGGGAGAGCUGACAGCGUACAGGAGGCAUAUGUAGAGGCAAGGGUUCCUCUAAGAUUGUCUGACUAUGAAGUGACAGACACCACACCCUCGUUUCCAGGAUGCCCUGAAGAGGUUAAAGAGGAAGAUGAUGUUCCUCCAGAAGUACCAAGAAGACCACAGACCGCCAAAAGGCAAGUCUUAGAUGUACCUCCCACUGUACCUACUAGAGCUAAUCAGAUUGGGUUAGAUAAAGUGGAUAUUGUAGCAUCUAUGCCAAAGGAUGAUUUUUUUGCAGGUGAAACAGAGCUGUGCCCAGGCAGCAUGGGGUCCUCAAAUCUAGAUGAGCUGAAUGAAUAUGCUCAAUCAUACAUGAGAGGAGAAUUCAGUUUAGAUGACAUAGAAAGACUGUAUAAAGCGUGGCAUGAAAGAAAUAGGGAUGCAACAUCGUAUUCUCUGAAGGAACGGAAGAAACAAUUGGAUGAGAUGAGGGACACUUAUCAGACCCUAAUGUCGAUUAAGAAAGACAAGAGAAAAAAAUCCAUGUUAUUUUGGAAGAAGAAAGAAAAACCUGUUGAUAUUGACAUCCAGCACCAUGUUCCACCAAACAAGUAUGAGUCCUGGACAAUUAUGCGGGGAACGCAGCCCCCUCAGAGGCCCCACCGUGACAGUACAAUCAGUAAUGCCUCAACCACAAGUUCGUCAAGCUCGAGUUCACGUGACAGUGCCCUGGGUCCUGUGGUAGAGGUAUCCAGUGAUUCUGAAAACUCAGAAAAUGAUGUACCAGCUGUUCCUGUCCGCAGAAGGUCCGAUAAAGAGAAAUCUGAAGAACACAAAGAUCACAGACAGUCUUGGGGUGAUCAGUUCUUGAAGCAAGUACAGAACCGACCGAAUUCUCGACUGCCAAAACCACCACCCACCAACCCGGUUUAUGUCAAACACAAACUGCCGUCAACGCCAGAAAUACCUCCUCGACCGCAAGCUGCUAAACCAAUUCAGUACACCAAGUAGUUGUUCAUUCUAGGCAUUGGGAGCUGGAUUUCUCAAAGAUUCUUUUUUGAAUUUUUUUCAAAAUGUGCUUUUAAUUUUUUAACAUAUAAUUAAUGUGCAUUGUAACAUUUGCAAAUAUAGCAUGGAAGUGGACAAAAAACAAGAACAAGGAGUGAACAGAUGAAAUUAAAAAGUUACGUAUUAAUACUAACAAAAUGUAGGAUGGCAAUAGAAUACACGGGAAGUAGGAGUGAACAAAUGAAGUUAACAGAUUGCAUGUUGAUACUUACAAAUAUAGGAUGGCAAUAAAGAGAACACAGGAAGUAGGAGUGAACAAAUGAAAUUAACAAAUUGUAAAUUGAUAUUAACAAAUGUAGGGACCAGAAAGGAAAACAAAGGAAGCAGAAAUGAACUACAUGUAUUGAAAUUAACCAAUUUCAAAGUGAUAUUUACCUGUGUAGGAUGGAGUGUGGUAUUGGAAUGGAAAUUUAAAUUUGUUUGACUAGAUAUUGGUGCAUGAUUAUGAAAUGAGUAGUAUAUCUAUACAAAUGAACAAGUUACCUUCAAAGAUAUUUACUGAAGUCAUUGAUAUUUUCAAGCUUGUCUUUGGGGGGUUUUUUUUGUUUGUUUUUUGUAUUUCAGUACUCUUAUUUGGUUGUGAUUUCUCCUACAUUGCUAUAUUAGGAUCUGCUGUAAAACCAGUGGUUUUUGUUAAUACCAUUUAAAGCCCAUGAAUUUAAGCUCCCAUGAAUAAGUUAUAUCUAAAUCUCAGAAUGUUAUGCCUGGCUAAAUUAAAUGAUUUUGCAGUAUUGCUAUUCAUGGAAUGUGACAUUCAACAAAUUAUAAAUUUUUUUAUAUUUUCAGCUGCUUUUAGUUUGAAUAAAAGCUUAGUACACCAAAUAUUUUGAUGCUUCUCAUAAUUAUUCUAUUUGUGUACAUUAUUCAAGUUGCAUUUUAGAUAAUUGUACAAUAUGCAGAUAUGGAAUCCAGUUCCACAGAUUUAUGUUUUUCUAUGAAUAGAAUACUAUGCAUUUUUUUUGUAAAGUUGAAGUUAGUAUGAAGCAGUUGGUUAAUUAAGCACAUGUGUUUGCAGAUUUAUAACAUGCUAAUUUAAACAAAUGUGAAAGUGACCUUUAUAUUUCAAAGCAAACAGUUUAUUGUUGCUAUGGUGCCAAAUUGAAUUAUUGCAGGACAGCAUAAAUGAUGGACUUGUCUGUAGUUCAGGACAGCAUAAAUGAUGGACUUGUCUGUAGUUCAACACGAAUUUUCUGCUGGGCUUAAGUUAAAAACUUGAAGAAAACAAAAAUGAAAAUUUAGUUUUGCUGUCAUGUAAUAAAACACUUUAAAUGGCUUGUUGCUCAGUACUUUGGACCAUGGGUAACAAUUUUGAGUCUAGACUGGCAAGCAAAUUACAUAAGUAAUUAUUGCAUGACAUCUAAAUGGCCAGUCUACAGGUUGAGCUAAACUUAGAUUAAAAAAAAAAAUCUUCAAAAUACCGGUAUAUUUUUAAUGUAAUAAAUCACUUACUGAUUUUGGCAAAUAGAUUAUUGACUGACUAGCCAUUCAGUUAGUGUAUGCUACCUGCCAUACCUUUAUAGUCCAUACAUACAAUCAUUUUAGAAAUGACAAUGACAACAGUAGUCAUGACAGAAGGACUGUAGCUAAACUUCAUAUUGUCUUGAUGAAGCCUUCAAAGUAGAAAUUAUGUCUUUAUUUUCUGAAUGAAGCAGUUUGCUUUGACUUUUGUUAAGUCUUUACACAUGAUUGUUUGUUACUCCUUGUUAUGGUUCCCACCACAGUGGUGACCUGGGAGACAUAUUGAUUUACUCCUGUCUGUGUGUGUCUGUCACAAAUCUUGUACGCACUCUGUCGAACAUUUGUCAUCGGAUCUUCACCAAACUUGAACAAAAUGUGUUUGCCUAUAAGUCCUCGGCCAAGUUGGAUAACUAGCCAAAUCGGCCCAGGCACUUCAGAAUUAUGGCUCUUGAAACUUGUUUUUGAUAAUCAAAGCAAUGGAAGUCUGAUAAGGCAGUUGAGGUCUUGGUGCAUGGUUGACUCAUGUAUAAUACAACUAUUCAGAUGAUUAGGCAUUUGUGGGAGACAUGUGCUUUUUUCAAAAGCAGCUCUAGUUUUUCUUUGAAUUUUGACAUUUGAAAGGAAUUAGGACUUUGUAGAACAUUGCAGGGUACCAUUUUGAAAGAUUAAAUCAUUUGAACAGUUUAAGCCAGUCAAAGCAAUGUUGGAGAAUGGGUUGGAAAUACAAAUUUUCAGCAUUUAUGCCUUUUUACCUCAUCCAUAUAAAAUUAUAAAUGGUAGAAGUAUUGUUUUAGUUAUAGAACUGGCAGCAUAUCUAAUAUUGUUAAACAGUAUAAUGCGUUUUGACAACAUCAAGUUUCCAGGAGUAUUAUAAAGUAUGACAAAAUCUUUGUACCAGAUAUAUAACAUAAGUGCAUCAUUGCUUUGUAUCAACUAAAUCACAGCAGUAUUGCUUGACUGCAAAGGUAUUAACAACAUUUCUUUUAGUAUAUCAGCUUUUAAUAAACUUAGUCUUUGUGUCAGUUUUAAGAUCAUAUCAGUUCAAAUGUACAUUUUUUCAGAGCCAGUUAAACAUACCACAUCUCUCAAUGUAAUGGAAGGGAGGUCAUCCAUUAUAUCCACUUUAACCAAUUUUUCAUUUUCAAAUGUUUUUUUCUUGCUCUUUGGUUUUGUAAUUCAUGUAGUUUUUUUCAUUACAUCAUAGUAUACUACUGCUAACUUAGCCUACAUAAUUAUCAGAGUUUAUGUGGGCUUUAUGAUAUAAUCAUUUGUCAUUUUCAGAUAAAGUUAUUGCCAAAAUAUUAGCUAUUUACAAUUUACUCAGUUCUAAAAGUCACAAGUAUUAACUAAAUAUUUUAUUGAAAAUAUAAAUUGUACCAGUAGAUCUACAUGUACUUUUGUUUGACUACUAUUUGAUAAUCUAAUUCUGUGAACUUGCAUGAAUGGUUUACCCUUAAUGGCCUUAUUUCAGUUCAUAUCCUUUGGUCUUACACUCGGUGAAACAUAAAUUUUAGGAAUGAAACUUUAAAGUAAAGUCUUGCUGACUGUUAAAUUAACUAGAUUUAUAUGUGUACAGAUCACAUUCAUGCACAUCCUCCCCCACCCCCAUCCAGUAGUUUUAAUGAAUUAACUUUGUAUUUUCUGUACAGUAUCAUGGAGGAAUCAUGUAUAUUGAUAAUAAAUCAUCAAACUUCAUAAUUAUAUAAAUUUUCAUCAUAUAAUCUUAAAGAUGCAUUUAGGUUGUACAGAACAAUGUAAAUUUAUGAAAUCUGAGUUUUUAAAACUGACGUUUGAUGUUUAAUUUAUAGUACAGUUAUGCGCCACAUAAAAGUUUACUUAGUGAUUUUACCAUAAAAUUACAUGUAUUUCCCUCAGUUUUGUAAACACUUCUGCUUUCAAUUUAUUUCGACAGCAUUCAAAAAAUCACAAAAUUUUUCAUUAAAUAAAUACAUAUUUGUAAAUGUUUGAAUAAGACACAAACCUAAAGAUAUAUAAGACAUUCCAAAUGUAAACUGAGCGAAAUUGAUGAAACAAACCAGUUUCUGAGCUUCAACAUUUAAAUUAAAGUUUGUUAUUUCGUACCACCUGUGUUUAGUAUUAACAGGAUUUUUCUAGAAAUACAGUACACAUAGAUCGACUGUUUUAUGAAAAGUUUAUAGGGGAGGUUUUUUUUGUGGUACAUAACUGUACAAGUAAAGUAACUUGUUCAACCUGUUAAUUAGUUAAUUAUGUCAUAAAUUGUAUUAUCAUCCUUCAUUACUAUGAUCAUGUUGACCAUAAAUACAUGUGAAAACCGGC